AUGGGACAGAAACAGCCUACGGAACAGGGAUAUUUCGUAACUGCCUUGCAGGCUCUUAUGAAGGAGAAGGGAAUCAAGGUUUCUCAGGCAGCCCUUAGGGAAUUUUUUGACAUAGUGCAUGAUUAUUGCCCACGGUUUCCAGACGGGGGUACAGUUGAUUUAAAGGAUUGGCAGCGAGUUGGUCAGGAACUUAAGAAGCAAAUGAAGGUUCGCGGGGCUGCAGUUCCAGGGGCUUUGUGGUCUACUUGGACCUGUAUUAAGGAGGUCCUUGAUCCGCAGGAUUCUAUUGAAAUAGCUUCUCUUAGCUCGGAAGCAGCCCAACCCUUAGUGAUUUCAGAUGCUCCUCUCCCUCCAGAAACUACUUUCAAUGCCCUUUCGGGACAGUCACGGGCGCCUUCACCUUUACCUCCUCUCCCCCUCCUAGAACAGUUGUCUGUGCAAGAUCCAGAAAAUAAUGAUGACUCUCCUUUGGGGGAUCAGGGGGAUGAUGGGCCGUAUUUGGAAGACCAGAGGAAGCCUGCCUUCUUGGCCCCUCUGGUCCAGAAGGUACCUUUAAAACGACCUUCUUUUGAGGCACCAGAUAGAGGCUUAGCUCGGCUGGCCUUCCCUAGUACUCCGAAUCAACAGUCCACUGAACCUUACCCCGUUAUGGGAGCUACUCCUUUGCAGCGGACUCUGUAUCAGGCAACACAGUAUGGGGAAGACACCUCUGCUUUUCACGCUGACCCUGUUAUUCAGCAGGGGGGACAGAGAGUGUACUCCGCCCUAAGUUUUAAAUUGCUGAAAGAUUUGAAAUCGUCUGCAGCCCAGUAUGGUCCGACAGCUCCCUUUACCCUGUCUAUGCUUGAUGAUUUGAGCAGGGAGGCGUUGUGCCCAGGAGAUUGGAAGGUCAUUGCUCAGGCUUGUUUGAGUGUGGGAGACAGCCUCUUGUGGAAAGCAGAAUUUGCAGAGAAUGCUGAAAACCAGGCUAUGUAUAAUAAAAGAACUAACAUACCAGUGCAUUUCAACAUGCUCACAGGUACAGGACAAUAUUAUGAUGUGGGCCUCCAGCUGAAUUAUCCUGAAACUGCGUAUAAUCGAAUUAAUACCUGUGCCAUUGCAGCUUGGAAAAACUCCCCUCCACAGGGGGCAGAACUGAGGAAUUGUCUAAAAUUAGGCAAGGGCCAGACGAGAAGUACCAGGAUUUCGUUGGGUGCCUCUUGACUGCAGUCAGUCGUAUCGUUACUGAUGGGGAGGCAGGUACCAUUAUUGCAAAACAACCGGCUUGUGAAAAUGCUAAUUCUGCAUGUCAGGCAGCCAUUCGUCCUUGGAAAAACCAGGGUACCUUGGAGGAUGAUAUCAGGCUAUGUGCUGAGAUUGGACCCUCUUAUAUUCAGGGCAUUACCUUGGCAGCCGCCUUAAAGGGAAUGGACCCCUUACAGGUGCAUGCCCAGCUUCGGGGUAAAAAUGUAAGAACUAAUCCAAGGAAGUCGGGUGGAAUAGUGUGUUUCAAAUGUGGCCAAAAGGGCCAUAUGAAGGCCCAAUGUCGUAGUAGAGAAAUAAUUCCAACCACCCCCGUUUUGCCCAGUGGCCCUAACAUUAAUAAUAAGCCGGCAAUUAUUUGUCCCAGAUGUAGACGGGGGUAUCACUGGGUCAAUGAAUGCCGCUCUAAAACUGAUCGUAAUGGCAAACCUCUUCAGGGAAACUGGAAGCGGGGCCAGCCGCAGGCCCCUCAAACAAUUGCGGCAAUGUCCCCACAGGCGCCUUCCCACCCAUUGUGUCCAACACUGGAGACCUCCCAGGUAUUAGCCAACUACACCACGGUACCCCCGCCAGUGCGGGACUAGAUCUUGCCCCAGCUCAGUCCGUUUACCUAGAAGGAGGACAGCCCCCCCAAGCCAUCCCCACAGGGAUAUGGGGGCCUCUACCCAGGAAUACUUGGGGGUUACUAUUGGGAAGAUCCAGCUGGACUCUUAAGGGAUUGGUGAUCUAUCCUGGAGUUAUUGAUGAAGAUUACACUGGAGAAAUAAAAAUUUUGACCAGCUUAACUAUGGGAACUUUGGUGCUUGAGCCCAAGACUCCCAUAGCACAACUGAUCCUGAUACCCCGGAUAUCCUCCAAUAAUAAGGCUGUUAAACCUUACCGGGGAAAUCAAGGGUUCGGCUCCACGGAUCUUUAUUGGGCUAAAAUGAUCUCUGUAGAAAAGCCCAUGCUUACAUUGCAUAUCCAAGGAGUCCCUUUUGAGGGACUAGUGGAUACAGGUGCAGAUGUCUCGGUUAUUGCUCAAAAAAAUUGGCCUGUCACAUGGCCUACUCAAGUGACUAAUAUUCCAAUUAAAGGUGUCGGUUAUGCCUCUGCUCCGUUGCAAAGCUCUGAUUAUUUACAUUGGAGACUCCCUGAUGGUAUGACUGGAACUUUUCAGCCUUUUGUUUUGAAUAUAGAUCUUAAUCUCUGGGGCAGGGACAUAUGAACUGCAGUGAAUUUGACUCUGGAGACUAAGGCAGCCCCGAUUCAAAAACAGACUAAUCUUGCUAUGCACCUUAUGAAGGAAAUGGGCUAUUUUGAGGGGAAAGGCUUAGGGAAGGAGUUACAAGGGAAUCCUGAGCCGUUUGUCCCCGAGCCCAAAAGAGACCAUUUCGGAUUGGGCUUUUCCCAGGGCCAUUGGAAACUCCCCACGCUAUGCCUCUCCAGUGGAUGACUUCCACUCCAGUGUGGGUUGACCAAUGGCCCUUACCUACUGUUAAGAGGGAGGCUGCUGCUCACCUCAUAGAGGAACAACUGCAAUUAGGUCAUUUAGUGCCCUCCACCAGUCCCUGGAACACCCCAAUCUUUGUGAUUAGAAAAAAGUCAAAUAAAUGGAGGCUGCUUCAAGAUUUGAGAGCAAUUCAUGCUGUCAUGAAGCCCAUGGGGGCUUUGCAGCCCGGCCUCCCUUCCCCAUCGGCCAUUCCUUUACAAUAUCAAUUACUAGUUUGGGACUGAAAAGAUUGGUUUUUUACCAUUCCGUUGGCCCCUGGCGACGGAGAACAUUUUGCAUUCUCCCUGCCUUCCACUAACUUACAGGAACCUGCUAAGCGGUAUCAGUGGCAGGUCUUACCGCAAGGCAUGGCCAACAGUCUGACUCUAUGUCAAGAGUUUGUGGCCAGAGCAAUUACCCCUUUUAGACAGAAUUUUCCCCGUGUAUAUUGUAUCCAUUAUAUGGAUGACUUACUUUUGGCUGCUGAAACUGAGGAAUUAUUACAGGAGGCUUUUGUUUCUCUUCAAAGAUGCCUUAAAGCAUAUAAUUUGAUUGUUGCCCCCGAGAAAGUUCAAAGGGAAGCACCUUUUGAAUACCUAGGGUAUCUCAUCUCCAAAUCAACUGUCCGACCUCAGAAAGUAUCAGUUAGAACCAGACAUUUGACUACUCUAAAUGAUUUUCAGAAAUUAUUAGGAGAUAUAAAUUGGAUUAGAAACACACCAGGGGUCACCACAGAACAAUCACUGCCUUCGUUUAAUAUUCUAAAAGGAGAUAGUUCUCCAGCAUCCCCGCAAAGUCUCACUCAAGAAGCGAAAGAAGCUAUAAGACAUAUAGAACAGGCCAUUCAGCAGGCCCAAGUCACUAGAGUUGACCCUUCUCAGCCUUUGUAUCUAAUCACAUUAAAACCUCAGGUCAUCCCCUUUGCAAUUCUGUGGCAAUCUCACGGCCCAGGUGAAUGGCUACAUUUAGCCUUACACUCUCCGCAUGUCAUUAAUCCUUUGCUAUCUAUGGUUUGUCUUCUCAUCAUUAGAGGAAGAUCCCGAGCUGUUCAGCUCUUUGGACACGAUCCAGAAUUUACUGCCUGUGCCUUUCUGACACAGAAGCUGGUGGACGCUGCUUUUGCCCAGUCCGUCGAAUGGCAACUUGCCUUGGCUAAUUUUACAGAAGUUUGCCGCCGACUCCGAAUUGAGCACACAACUGGCAUUGCUUAUAAUUCCACAGGACAGGCUGUUGUUGAGCGAGCUCAUCUGACUCUAAAACAGUAUCUGCAAAAACUUAAAGAGGGGGAGAUAUUAAAGGGAAAGAUCAAGUAUUCCCCACAUGGACAUCUCACUCUUGUAUGUUUUAGAUUUUUUUAAUGUCAAUGAAGCAGGGAGGACUGCCGCAGAGCGUCGCUGGGGAAGGAGUCAAGAACCUCUCUUGAUGGCAAGAUGGAAAGGUAUGCCGGAAGGCAUUUGGCGAGGCCCAGACCCAGUCCUUCGAAAAGGGCGAGGGUACGCUUGUGUUUUUCCACAGGAUGAGGAAGCGCCGCGCCGGGUCCGCUUCGGCUCCCCAGAGACAUUACGGUGGCGCCGAAAAAUGGCCAAAUUGACAGCGACGGAGCCCCCCCAGAAGCGACGACGGCGGAGUCAUGAGGCGGGUACACCCACCUGGGGACAGAUAAAGAACCUGCUGACCCAGGCCACUGAUGUAGUGAUGGCCUCAGGUAGAGAGGUAGCGGCCACACGUGUCUUCUUGGCAUGCCUGUGCCUUCUCACUACAGCCGGGGAGUCUGCCCUCUGUUGGGCGUACGUGGUAGGCCCUCCUACAGCACAACCUGUCCCAUGGAGAGACCCCACACCCAAAGGAUACGCCAGUCUCACCUUUCUGGGAGGGAAGAGGCAGGGUUUUUGCCCACUGUGUCGGCCUCUAUAAAUUGGACGGCACUCUCGGCAGGAGCGCCCGUCUGCCUGCAAAGGGAGUCUACGCCGUACAAACUUGCUCAUGGGUGUUUGGGUGCGAAACCAGCAGGGCGGUCUGUUACUUACACUAUGUGGCAAAAUGACAAGCGUCCUUCUGAACGGGCACCCCGCUCCGUUGCCGCUUAUUGGCAAAAGAGAGAAUUAUUAGGAGAAUGGAUGUUUUUUGGGCCGCGUGAUCCCCCUCGGAAUCUUCCUAUGUGUCCCUCAGCUGGUCAAGGCCUUACUGGGGACUCACCUUGGGGAAAUGUGCCCAAUCCUCUUCAUUGAGGAUGACUCCUAAAGACAUAAACUAUAGCAUUACAGAUUAUUCCCGAAAGGCCCGGCUAGCUCAGUCGGUAGAGCAGGGGACUCUUGAUCCCAGGGUCGUGGGUCCACCUCCUAAGGAGGUACAGGUACACCACAAGAUUAUCCCACAAACCAUUUUGCAAUCCCCUGAAGGAAGAAUUCAUUCUGAUCUUUGGAAGUUAUAUGCUACCUUUGAUAAAAUAUAUACUGAUGACAGCUUUAGUUUUCCAGAAUAGUAUGUUUCUCCAGUUCUGCAAUUGCGUGCCUGUGUUCCUCCACCCUACUAUCUGAUUGUUGGAGACGGGACCAUUACUCCGGUGAAAGAAGAUGGUCAUCAGUUAUACCGGCUGACGUGUCCUGCUUGUGUCUUGACCAAUUGUCUACCAGUAGAUGGACCCUUUAGAAGUGGAAUGAAGGUUUAUCUGGUCUUACCACCUCCCUAUUGGAUGUUGCCAGUGGAUGUUACAGGACCUUGGUAUCCUAAUUAUGGGACGCAAUUGGCCUUAGAAAUCAGUAAACGGCUGCGCAGGACCAGACGGUUUCUUGGACUCUUGAUUGCUGGACUCAUCGCAGCAGUGACUGUAAUGGCCUCUGCAACUGUACCUGUAAUAUCCUUACAUGAAAGUGCCCAAACGGCAUCCCAUGUAAAUGAGUUCGCUCAUAACGUAUCCAAGGUGUCUGCCACUCAAGAACGAAUAGACCGUAAAUUGGAAGCCCAGUUAGAGGCACUACAAGAAGCAUUAAUGUAUCUUGGUGAUCA